AUAGUUAUGAGAUGAUGAUAUAGCACUUGCAAUGUUCGCCAAAAUAAUCUGUUGUGUUUUGUUUUUCUAUCAUAUAAAUUCGGUGCGGAGUUAUGAAGUGCCACCAGCGAAACUGGAAGCUUUACAUCCAAAAGGACUACGGGUUUCAAUACCGGAUGAUGGCUAUUCGCUCUUCGCCUUUCACGGCAAGCUCAAUGAAGAAAUGAAUGGCUUAGAAGCGGGCCAGUGGUCCAAAGACAUCACAAGGGCCAAGGGUGAUCGAUGGACCUUCCUAGACAGAAACGCUGUAUUGAAGCUGGGAGACAAGAUAUACUUCUGGACUUUCGUCAUCAGGGAUGGCCUGGGGUACAGACAGGAUAACGGCGAGUGGACAGUCACAGGAUUCGUUGACGAAGCCGGAUCACCGGUAGAUUCUUCUACUGAUUCUACUACUCCAGCUGCAGUGCCUGUCGAUAUUAUGUCUCCUACGCCAAUUUCGCCUGCACCAAUUCCUGCUUCACCCGAAAAUGCAGUACCAAUAAGUCUCAGUACAAUAUCAGCGGCACCUCCAAACAGCGCGGACGAUAAUACAAAGUACCCCUGUGAAAUAUCAGUCUCUAAAGUAUCGGUGCCUGGGUUCGUGUGUAAGGGACAACUGCUGUUCGAGGACAACUUCAACUCUAACCUGGAGAAGGGAAAGGUCUGGACUACUGAGAUCAUGUUCCCUGGAGAGCCGGACUUUCCGUUUAACGUGUAUUUAAACGAUCGCAAUUUGCGAGUGAGAAACGGUAUGCUGAAAAUCCGGCCCGUUACACUGGAGUCCAAGUAUGGGGAAGAUUACGUCACGCAGUCAUUGGAUCUAACUUCAAGGUGUACCGGCGCAGUAGGCACAGAUCAAUGCGCCCGGGAAUCCUUCGGGCCUCAGAUCCUUCCUCCCAUCAUUACGGCCAAAGUCACCACCAGGAACCGAUUCAACUUCAUGUACGGCCGCGUGGAAGUCAGAGCCAAAAUGCCGGUCGGAGAUUGGCUUGUACCAUUAAUACAAUUGGAGCCCCACGACCACACAUACGGAGUCAGAAACUAUGCGUCUGGUGUAUUACGCGUGGCUUGCGCUAAAGGGAACGCCGAAUACUAUAAGAAGCUACAAGGGGGACCCAUAAUGUGCGACACUGAGCCGUAUAGGAGUACACAUUUGAAGGAAAAAAUUGGCUACGAGCAAUGGGCAAAUCAUUUUCACAUCUACAGUCUUGAAUGGAGGCCAGACGGCAUAUCUUUGUCCGUGGACGGCGAGAAAUACGGCGAAGUUAACGCCGGAUCCGGUUUCUCCGAGGACGCGAAGAAGCUAAACGUAACGGCUGCCUCCCAAUGGCUUAAAGGCACAAUUAUGGCUCCGUUCGAUCAAAUGUUCUACAUCUCCAUAGGACUGAACGUAGGUGGGCUACAUGAAUUCCCCGAUAGCACCACGAAGCCUUGGAAGGAUCGCGCCACUAAAGCCAUGCUCAACUUCUGGACGGCUAAAGAGCAGUGGUUCCCAACGUGGUACGAAGACACCAGCCAGCUUGAAGUAGAUUAUGUGAAGGUCUAUGCGCUGUAAUUGUGACAAAGAUGAUGAUGUGUGCGGUCUGCUGUGAUUUGAUGUUAAAUGAUAAUAAAUCUA